UCUGUCAAAUAAUACAGGAAGGUAGAUAUGCGAAGUGAGGAACUCAACUGUCCAAAACUAACAAUUCGUUCGAAAGGGGAUCAUGGCAAUGCAUUAGCUUAAAAAAGUUAAAGCUGUGUUUUUGUUGGAAAAUUAUAAUUUCAAAUUUUGCGUAUGUCAGGGCCAGUAACCCCGUUAUUAGAAUUCAACUUUCGUUUUCAUAGUUCUACUUAUAAAUUAUCGUUGGGCGUUAAUAUUAUGAGUUAUUGGUUGUCAAUCAUACCUGCCGCUGUAUGCUGCGUCUGUUUUUACUAAUUAAGGAUUAUUUGAUUUCUCAGUUCAUGGUGCCUGCAUAUAUUAGCAUAAAUAAGUAGAAUGACAGAGAAAGCGAAAUGCCUGCGAGCCCUGGGGCUUCGGGAUGGUGCUUCAGAUGAAGAAAUAAAGAGAGCCUACAAGAGGCUUGCUUUGCAAUUUCACCCUGACAAGAAUACCGGUGAAGAUGCCAAGGAGAAGUUCCAGGAAAUAGCUUAUGCCUACAAGUUUCUGACAGAAGGUCCCUCUGCUUUUCCCUCCGACAGCAGCAGGGAGGAUAUACUCAGACAAAUGUUUGAAGAGAUGUUUUUCGCCAGGUAUAUGCGACAUCGGUUUGGAUUUCCGAUGUUCUUCGGUGGAGACUGUGAUGAAGAAUUCUACUUUGAUGACUCUGACGAUGAUGAUGAAGGAAGUCCAGGUGGAAGAUUUCACUGCCCACCAAGACGAGAAGACAGACGUGAUGACAAGCCCCAACCGACCUACGCGCCCCCACCGAUGUAUCGGGAACCAAGCAAGAAACAGAUGAGAAAGAAAGAGAGAAGACACAAACAGAGGGUGAGAAUUAAGGAGAAGAAGCGCCUAGGAAAAGGGGGGAAGGAAAAACUACCCCCGGACUUCCAGCCUGGUAAAUCUCAACCCUACAGGGAGAGACAGAAAACCUCAACACAAGCUGAUGACAAAACUGAAGAUAUGUCUAGUAAUCCCAAGUCAGAAGGUUGUGUGCCUCCGCAAGCCAAGAAAGCAACCAGCGAGGAGAAGCCAGCAUCUAGAUCUGACACACCAGUCCAGGGUCAGCCGAAUAAGAUGACGAAGAGACAGAAGAAAAAACUUGAGUCAGAGCAGAGAAAACGUGAACAGGAGAUGAAAGAGAUAGCUGAAGAGCUACACAGAAAACAUGAGAGAGAAAAAGAGAAAAAAGAGGAAAGGGAGAGACAGGCUGCCAAACAGAGGCGUGAUGACAAAGAAAACAUUGACAUCUCAGCAUGCUUUGAUUUUCGGAAGAAAUCAAAAAGAGCGAGGCAAAGAGAGCGUAAAAUGCAGGAAGCAGAAAGCAGAGCGUCUGUCAGUGAGACCCCCACUUCUCAAUCCAACAUGCCACGGGUAGAUACGCCACUUACAGAUAUUACUGGAAAUAAUGCCUGCUCAGACACUGAAUCUAAGGGCAGUUACUCUAGCAUAAAGGGCACUGCAUCCACAUACAGUACAGAAAGAAAGGGGAGUAACUCUGGUAAAAAACAUUCUGCCCCUGGCUAUUGUACUGAAUCCAUGGGAAGUAACUACAGUAUGAAAAAUACAGCUUAUGGAUCAAGUGCCACCAACAAUGCAGAUGGAGGUAACUCUCCUGGUGGAUAUAUACCUACUACUGGUUUCUAUGAGAUCAAGAAACCAUUGGCAACUCGCAACAAAUUCAACUGUCUGGAUGAUAUUGAGGAUGACGGCAAUUCAAGUUACAAUAAGGAUGCAAAGAUGCCAGAUUUACCAAGUUUUAACCAGUAUUCUCAACCACCUAACUUCCAAUCAAACAGUGGAGUAACAGGACUAAAUACAAUCCCUGAACCAGACAAACAAUACCAAUCUGCAUAUGUGUAUUCCGUGCCUCAAGUCCCCCAGGCUAAUAAUAGCUUUGAUUCAGGACAUUCCACAUUCAGCAGUACUGGUAACUAUGGUCACAAUGUGAACAACGCUUCUGCAGACAAUAAGUUCAACACACAGUGUAGUACUCCUCCAUCAAAGGGGAGAAAAGUGCCGAGUACUCCACAGACCCAGACUGAUAAACUUUUUAGUGCUACGCAAAAUGAAAAACUGUGCUGUGGCAAACAGUUCAAUGGUUUGCAAAACAAAGACAAUGAAGUGUUCAGCGCUUCAACAAGAAAUGCAAACCAAAGUGCUUUCAAACAAUUUGGCCAUAUCAAUGGAAUUGUUAUUGAUAACAUUAAGAGAGAUAGCUUUGAUAAAACACAAGCUACUCCACAUGUAUCAGUAAACGAUUGGAGUAGGAGUGUUGAAGUUGAGGGUGAAAAUGAGGUUUAUGACCGUGCUGAUAGUUCCAAUGAUAAUGAUGAUGGUAUAGAUGGGGAGGAGGACAUUGAUGUUAAAAUUGAUCAGCAGCAUACAACGUUUCAUCAAAGAAAAUACCAUAACAAUUCAGACUAUGAGGAUCGGAGAAAUCAGCCUUACCAAAAUGCCAAUCCAUAUCAUUCAAAUUUUAAAAACUAUACAAACAGACCAUCAGGGUCUUACAUGGGUCAUGGAUUUGGUCCCCACUACCCCCAACCCGGAACAUUCAGGGGUCCCCCUCCACCGGGACACAUGUCCACUCAGAAUCCCGGGGGAAUGGACAGAGAUCAGCGCCUGAAUAACCCCACCGUGGGCAACCAGCCGCGAUUUACCUUUGCUAAGGGUGGCUACCCUGUUCCCAAAUACCCAGGAUAUGAAGAAAGGUCUUGCUAUCCUCCCCCACCCCCUGGCUGUAGACCCCCGGGGUUUGUUACUAAUCCCAGGGGCUCUAGUCCUCCUGGACAACAUGCUCACAAGGAGGAAAGCAGGAAUUUACCACACACAGAUCUUCAUAGCAAUACAAAUAAUGUAGAAGAUUGGAAAGCUUCAUUUAAUAUAAAUAGCAGUUAUUCACGUAGUACCCAUUUGUACUCAAAUGAGACUGAUUCAGUUAAAUAUGCCAAGGGAGGUACUCUUAAUGAGAUUGAAGAAGUAUUGAGAAAUACAUCUUGUAAUGACCGAUCAAAUCCUAAAGCUACACAUACUGCUCAUACCAUAGAAACAGGCGUGAACUCGCAUAACCAAAGUAUCGGCUCACUAGAUUCUCUUGAUGACUUCAUGUGUGAUGGGCUCCCAGCACGCAGUGAUGGCUUUGGAGGUUUCGCACAAAACCAGACUAGUAACGGAAUGGGUCGGGAUGGUUUUAGCUUGCAGUCAGAACUAGGAGUACCGGCGGGAAUGUUUACUGAUAGUAUGAAAAAUUACUACAAAAGAUGAUGGCUUUUAUUUUUAUAGAUAUUUCGGAAUGAUAAUGUGUUGUGGUACCACUUACCUGACCAAUCUUGUUUAAAAAAAACAAAGGUUAGAAAAAUAAAAAAAAGGUUGAAAUAUAUUUUUGGAAAUUUGCACCAUGAGGCACUAUUAUUGUACAUGGUGAUACAGUUGACUUGUAUUGUGUUACUUGGCAACCAUAAUAUCAGGAUGUGUAUUUAUGUUAUCAAUACUAUGAUGUACAUGUCUGCCUAGCCUGUUGUCUGUUUAGAAUGUAACAGAUUUUGCCAAGUUUUAACUAGUAUUCACUAACCUACAAUCAGUCACAAUAUUAUUUUAGUUUUGCUUUCACAUGUUUGUUUACAAUGUUUUUAUGUCGAAAUGAGUAUUAUUUGCAUUUUUGAUGGUUUUAGAACUGCUGUUGUUAACCAUAAAGUUUUUGGUAAAAGUUAAUCAGGAAAAGAGGCUUUCGAGAAAGUGACCAGUACACUAUUGAAUAAACUUACAUAUCUGUUUACUGAGGAUACAUUUUGAAAGAUACUCAGUUCAUUCUACAACUAUUUCAUUUAAACAAGCAUCUCUUUCCAGGAAGGCAAAAUAGAUAAAUUCUACUAUAGUGGCAGCUUCCUGUUCAUUUUGGUGUUUUUUCUACCUUUUUACAUUAAAAAACUGAAAGGAAAUGGUCUAAUUUGAAUGUGCUUUCGGGUUAAACGGAUUAGCCCUUAAGAGGGUGAACGUGAAGGAGUUCUACAUGUUUCUAUUUCCAUUUAAAACAUUUUCCCCGCAUUUCUAUAUUGAUUGUGUUCAAUCUUUUCAUUAGGGCAAUAUUAAUUUUUAGCUUGACAAUUCCCCUGAUUGACUUCAAUGGUUGAUUUAAGUUUAAGGGCCAGUUGGGAUUUUCACUAAUAAAUCCUAUAACCUUCAUUCAAUUCACUUCAUACUUCUCACCAAUUGAUGAUAGCCAUCAUACAAUUUGGUUACGUAUUCCAUGAUAUUUUAAAUGCAAAUUAUGUCCUUUGAUCAACUUGAAAGUUUGGUGAAAGUUUAAGGGCAACUUGGCAUUUUCAUUUAAAAGUCCUAUACCUUUCAUUUAAUGGAUUUCAUACUUCACACAAUUGUGGACAGUAAUAGGCCAAUUAGGUUACAUUACUUAAUGUUAUCCUAAUUACAAAUUAUGGCCCUUGAUCAAAUAAGAUGGUUUAAGGGCAACUUGGGGUUUUACCUCAGAUCUCAAAUAACUUUAUGUAAAUGGACUUCGUACUUUACAUAAUUGUCCACGGCAUCACACCAUAAGGUUACAUAACAUUUUGUCAUAAAUUAAAAUUAUUAUAAUAAGUUAAAUUAGUGACUGUUUUAUGGAUGUAUUUUGUUAGGUCUUUGAAUAUAAUAGAUUAACUUUGUUACUGAUCAACAGAUGUAUUAGGUGAGGUGAUAAGAUAAAGGCUAGUUUUGUGUCUGGUUCACAGAUGUAUUAGGUGAGAUGUAAAGAUAAUAUCUUAACUUUGUGACCAUUACACAGAUGUAUUAGGUGAGGGCUUUGAAAAUAAUUGGCUAAUUUGGUGACCGUUACACAUGUGUAUCAGGUGAGGUCUGUGAAGAUAAUAUGUUAACUUUGUGAACGUUACAGAGCUAUAUAAGGUGAGGACUGAAGAUAAUAGGUUAAUUUGGUGACCGUUACACAAAUGUAUUAGGUGAGGUGUGAAGAUAAUAGGUUACCUUUGUGACCGUUACACAGAUGUAUUAGGUGAGGUCUGUGAAGAUAAUAGGUUAACUUUGUGACUGUUACAAGGAUGUAUUAGGUGAGGUGUGAAGAUAAUAGGUUAACUUUGUGACUGUUACACAGAUGUAUUAGGUGAGAUGGGAAGAUAAUAGGUUACCUUUGUGACUGUUACACGGAUGUAUUAGGUGAGAUGGAAAGAUAAUAGGUUAACUUUGUGACUGUUACACAGAUGUAUUAGGUGAGAUGGGAAGAUAAAAGGUUACCUUUGUGACCGUUACACAGAUGUAUUAGGUGAGGUCUGUGAAGAUAAUAGGUUAACUUUGUGACUGUUACACGGAUGUAUUAGGUGAGGUGUGAAGAUAAUAGGUUACCUUUGUGACCGUUACACAGAUGUUUUAGGUGAGGUCUGUGAAGAUAAUAGGUUAACUUUGUGACCGUUACACAGAUGUUUUAGGUGAGGUGUGAAGAUAAUAGGUUACCUUUGUGACCGUUACACAGAUGUUUUAGGUGAGGUCUGUGAAGAUAAUAGGUUACCUUUGUGACCGUUACACAGAUGUUUUAGGUGAGGUCUGUGAAGAUAAUAGGUUAACUUUGUGACUGUUACACGGAUGUAUUAGGUGAGGUGUGAAGAUAAUAGGUUACCUUUGUGACUGUUACACAGAUGUAUCAGGUGAGGUCUGUGAAGAUAAUAGGUUAACUUUGUGACUGUUACACGGAUGUAUUAGGUGAGGUGUGAAGAUAAUAGGUUAUCUUUGUGACUGUUACACGGAUGUAUUAGGUGAGAUGGGAAGAUAAUAGGUUACCUUUGUGACCGUUACACAGAUGUUUUAGGUGAGGUCUGUGAAGAUAAUAGGUUAACUUUGUGACUGCUACACGGAUGUAUUAGGUGAGAUGUGAAGAUAAUAGGUUAACUUUGUGACUGUAACACGGAUGUAUUAGGUGAGAUGUGAAGAUAAUAGGUUAAUUUCGUGACCGUUACACAGAUGUAUUAGGUGAGGUGUGAAGAAAAUAGGUUAAUUUCCUGACUGUUAUACAGAUGUAUCAGGUGAGGUCUGUGAAGAUAAUAUGAUAACUUUGUGACUGUUUCACAGUUGUAUAGAUGAGGUUACAUGUAAAUACUUCAGCUUAUGGAUAUUUUUGCUUUGACCAGAUUCCAUACUCGACUACUGUUUAGUUCAACAAUUAUUUUAUUUUAUUUAUUUUCUUGAUCGUUUUUGUUUUCGCAGGAAGCUAUUUUAGUCCAUGUCUGAGAUGUUAUGUAUUUAGUUCUUCUGAUAAAAUACUUGUCUUAAAUGUUAUGUAUGUAGUUUUGCUGAUAAAAGUAAUUGUUUCAAAUGUUAUGUAUUUAGUUCUGCUAAUAAAAAGUGUUAACAUGUAGAAUAAUUAUCAAAUAGGCCAACACUACAAGAUAAAUUCCUUAGCACUGGGCUGUAUUUUAUUAAUUCCCAUCUUGGACAUAUUCAAUCUCUAAAGAUUGUACAGUGUGUCUGGGACCAAUAACAAUUCUACUCCCAGUUUGUGUGUAGUUGUAAACUUUUUUUCUAAUUAUAUUUUUUUUCUUGUUGAAAAUGUUGUAGAAAACUUGUGCAUAGUUUCUCAAGUAGAAAUUAAUGUUGCCAUAUUUGUUUCUUGUUUCUUGUCAUUUUAUGGUAAGGCCUAAAAAAAUAAAUAGUGUGGUUCAGGUAACAUGGUCCCCAAGAAUAGGUAGGGUAGGUCGGGAUUUUUUUUAUUUUUAUUUUUAUUUGUUUAGUAUCGGUUUGUUUGCUUUGUUUUUGUCCUUUUUCAACAUAAUUUAAGUUAUAUAAGGACAUUGCUGAGCAUCGCUGCAGUUAGGUGGUGUGUCAUUGCUAGUUUUGUUGUCAUUCAUCACACACCUUCCGAAAGCAAAACAUAUUGAUAAUUAAAUGUGACAAUACUGACCUGCUUCAGCAUCUCAAAAACAUUUCUCUGCCAUUCUUCAAGAAGUAAAGUUAGGAAUAAUUUAUAAACUGUACAAAUGACAACAGACCCAGGUUUCAGUCCCAGUUUAAAAGAGUCACAUUUUGUCAGGCACCAGCCUAUGUCAGAACUCCCAGUAUUUAUAUUUCCUUUCUAUACUAGUAGUAUGUUUGUCCUGCUGCUAUUUUAUUUAAACUAUUUUUUAUGAUUGCAUCUGACAACAUGACAAGUGAAAAGGGUCAUGCCUUGUCCUGCAGUGGUGACCUGCUUCGCUGAAGAGCGAAAAGUCGGAGAAUUUCUUGAUAUAUUGUACGACAGGCAUAUCAUACAGCUGUUCUUCAUACAAACAGGUCCAUGGACCCUUGUCGGAUGUUGACAUGUCAAUCUCGGAUACAGAUCCCGGCUUGAACAAAAACAUUAUCUCUACAUCUUCGAAACUCAUCUUUGGUGUUAUGAGCUUAAACACCAGACGUUCUGGAGUGUGUUUUUUUCACAAGUCGCACCAAAAAAACCAGUAGGGUCGGCGAUAUUUUCCAGGUAGGGUCGGGUGACCCGAACCACACAAUUAAUUUUUUUAGGCCUAAUUGCAUACAUUGGAGUAAUGAAAACUAGUGUAACUAGUGCAGCCAUUUCUGUGAUUGUGGCCUUAUAUGGCUUGGAAUAAAAUUCUGUUUGUAGUGCACCUUAUUCACGGGAAGUUUGAAGAUAUAAGAAAUUAUCUGUAACUUGUUUAUUCCUGUUUUAUUCUUUAAAGUAUGCAUAUUUCAUGCAGUACAGAAAUAAAUAAACUGUUACAUGUUCAAAGUUAGUUUUACUUACAAUCUAUUCAAUGUGUUUGCAUAUCAAUAAUACUUUCUAAAUCCCUACCUUAAAUGUAUAUGUUCAUUUCAUUUAAUGAUUAUGUGCAAGGAUGAAAUCAUGCACUUAUUAUGUAAAAUAGUUGAAUUUACUUUAUGACUUUUGAUAUUAAUUGCCAGAAAUUUAGUUUGGUAGCUGGUCAAAUGUCCAUAAUAUUUAGGUGGAUUCAUUUUUAACAGUAACAGUAUGCAUCUUAUAUCGUAGUCAAAAUCAUUGGUAUACAAUUGCUGAAAUUUAUACAGACACCGUGUACCAUAUGCUACAACUAACUUCGGUCUUACCAAUAAAAUUACUGGGGAAACAUUU